CUUGGUCCACCGCGAAGUAAACGCGCAGAGGUCUCCUCCCGGCACCUCCCGAUUUCCUCCCGGUCUCCUCCCGUUCUCCUCCCGUUCUCCUACCCGCCUAGAGCCCGGGGGGCCCACACACCGUUCCGCCGCACAGCGGCUCAGCCUCACCUCGUACCGCCGACUCUUGUUUCUCGAUUACCCGCUAACACGCGCGCAUCGCCCUGCCACCGCGUCAUAGACACCUGGACGGAACAGGACAGGACGACGGUGACCAACGCCGCGCGAGAUCGCGAGACCGAUGCUGCCUGCCGCCUCGGCGCUGCUGGACCCGGCAUACCGACCCGCUUCGACGAGCCAUCUGACAGUCAGGACUCAGCUGUCCUGCCGAAGACACGCGGCCUCCACCACCCAGUGUUUACACCCCCGAAGACGCGACCCUCCCUGCGUCUCGGCCGUCGUCUGUUGCGGAGGCGUUAGGGUGCCGAUUUAGUAUUCGUAUGUGGUGAUCCGAAAGAAGACGCGAUCGGCAAGGAGACAACAACUGCGGAGAAGAUUUUAUUCAUCCGAACGAAGACGUUCCAGGAGUUUCCAAAGUGCCUUUGAGCCGUUUUGGCACGAUUGUUUCACCCGACCGUGCUGCGCCAGAGUCUGAGGAUCCCGUCGAUAAAGAGGUGUUAGGAAAGUGCUGUGAAAAGGGACAGAGUUGUUUGACAGUGAAAAUACGACAAACUAUGUGAAUUAUCAUUUGACUGACUAUACUUGUACCGAAUGAUUUUACACAAUCAUUGGAGAGGUGUCAAAAAGUGUUCUAUAGCCGUUUCCUCGAUUGUGGAAUGCCAGAAAAGAUAAGCUCAGGGUCAACCGGAGAAUCGUGAAGCGUGUCAGCAGCAGUGUGAUGAGUGGAUACCUGGGCGUGACCGCUCCCUCCCCGCUGCAUCACUACCCCCAAUAUUCCCCAGCCAUGAGGGAGAAGGACUCGAGUCCGCGAAAGAUGUCGGGCCACAUCAGUCCCAAACAGGCGAGCAUAUACCCCUUGAGCGUUGGGGUCUCCGACCCCGAGGACCUCCCCUACGACCUGAGCCACGGACACAGCCGGGGAAGCCCGGUGAUCGGUCAGCAGCCGCACAUGAGUCCGGCGGCGAGACCCCACCACCACCAUCGCGACCUCGACUGCGAGCCGCUGGACCUCCGCGUCGACCACAAGAAGGAACGGUUCCAGGACGAGAACCAGAACGAGGUCGAGGUCCUUAACCAGAACAGCCUGAACCUCCCCUACCACGCGGUGCUCUUCCCUCAGCAUCCGGCGGUCCACCCGCUCGUCCUCGAGGCCAUGUACCGUUCGCACCACCACACAUCGGUCGCGGAACUUCCAAAGAUCCAGGUUCGAGCCCUUCCGACGAUGGUGCCUCUGCCUCAGGCCCAGGCGCCGCGACCCUCGAGCCCGUUGCCCUCGCAGCCACAGGCCUCGUCGUUGCCGUCGUACCCAGCGGCGGUGACGGCCGGUCUCAAGCCGAAAGAUCGGUACUCCUGCAAGUUCUGCGGCAAGGUGUUUCCUCGCUCGGCAAACCUUACGAGACACCUUCGGACCCACACCGGUGAGCAGCCGUACAAGUGCAAGUAUUGCGAGAGGUCCUUCAGCAUCUCGAGUAACCUCCAACGUCACGUUAGGAACAUUCACAACAAGGAGAAGCCGUUCAAGUGCCCGCUAUGCGAACGCUGCUUCGGGCAGCAGACGAACCUCGAUCGCCAUUUGAAGAAGCACGACGCCGACGGACCGACGAUCCUGGACGAAGUACGCUCCAGAUACCACAGCCAGCUGCCGCGUACCGACGAGUCCUACUUCGAGGAGAUACGGAGCUUCAUGGGUAAGAUCACAUCCCAGCGUCAGGGGAUCUCCUAUUUUCCCAGUCUUCUCGCCCCCGGCGCGGAGGACUUCAAGACCGACAAGCAGCAGCUUCAGCUCGAGGAGAAACGCGGGGACUCAUCCUACUUCAGCGACCGGGAUAACCUCAGCUCCAGGUCAAGCAGCUCGGCCGCGAGUAGACCGGAAAGCAUCCACGAGGAGCAGAGGGACGUCGCAUCGCCGCCUUUAUCGCCGGGCAACAACACCUGAGUCGGUUGCAUUCGGCGUCGCACACCGUUCCCCCCAACACUGCAGUGAAGAGCGAAUGACGACGAUUUGCGUUAUACCGGAUCGACGGGAGAGAAGAUGAACGGAAGAGGAUGAGUGGGAAAAAAAAAUUAAAAAAGAAAACGGCCUGAAAGAGAAAGAACGAGCGAGAGCGAGAGAGAGAGCGAGCGAUAGAGAGAGCGAGAGAAAGAGAGAGAGAGAGAGGGAGAGAGAGCGAAGAGGACUACCCGAGUGAAUGUGAAUCGAAGGUGCUCAACGGAUGGAUGGACCCCGGAUGACCAACUGUUUCGGUGAAAGGUAUACACACGGACAGGGUAAGGCGAUAGAUAGCCGGACGACCGGCAACCUGCGAGCAAAACCUGCACAUUGUCCGAGUCCCGACGACUGUGCAGAGACUAUUCAUUCUUUGUUACCUAUAUAAAUACAUAUAAUACUACAUACAUGUAUCUUUCCGUAGACGUAUAUACGUAUACACAUAUGCAUAGUAUACACUUGUAGGCGAUACAUGUGUACGCUUCUUGUAUACAUGGGAUCGUUUGCGUUACUACUAUCUUUUAAUACCCUACUGUGCGCUAGAGUGACAGUGUAUGUGUGUGUGUAUGCCUUUGUACGAAUGCUCGACUGUGUAAUUCCUGUCUUUCGAAGAUCAUGUACCUUUGUGCGAGUCUUUAUACAUCGGAGAGAAGAUGAACUGCUGCAGUAACGCCAAUUGUAGUGACGCCUGCUCCACUCGCGAGCGAAACUAUUUCAACUGGCUACAAUGCUCCAGUUGUAACCGCGGCGCUCGUGUACAGAUGGCCCGUACGCACCCUACAAUUGGUGUUCCAAACUAGUAUGAAUCCUAUAAUUGGUGUUCCAAACUUGCAGUAUGAUCUUCGCCAGUUUCGAUCGUACGUUCUACUCUCAUUUUCUUUUUCCAGAGCUUCCGAUCGUUUCUUUUGCUCCUUUUCUUCUACUUCUUCUUCAUCUUCCGAGAGUAGAUAACCGGGACAUCGUUUCACCUCGCGAUUGCACGUGUCGCCGGGAAGUCGAUUGCGCGGAUAGCAGUGAUACUUCCGCUGAAAUCGCGGCAUAACGGCGGGGCGCGUGAAUCAGCAAACUGACAUCCGGCGAUAAUCCGAGCCAGAAUGGCUGCAUACCUGGGACCGGCUGUGCUCCCACGACGGGAAAUACGAGAUUUAUUUUAUAGUACGAAAGGUAUCGGAGUGACGACGAUUCUCGCAAGGAAAUUGCCAAUAUCCCGGACGGCUCGGGAGACAGGGAACCAACGCGACUCACGUGUAACGUCCUUUAUGACGCAAUUAGAACGUGCAAGAUGCUUGCGCGAGAGAGCAUUGAAUGGAUGCGAAGAACUAGUUCGGAGCAGAGCUAAGGACCGCGGUCUCCGUAGGUGCCUCCUUCUGCUCUCGCAGAUUCAAGUCGGAAGAAUUCGCUCUCGUUUGAAAAUGUUCGCACGCGCCACACCCAGUAGGUACAUGUGUAUAUCUGCCUUCCUACCUACCUACCUACCUGCCUACUCGAGGAUCGCGAGGCCACCGUUCGAGGCUCAUCUCGAAAGUGAAACGAACCGAUAGACCGUACGAGAAAGAAAAUAAUGUACGUGCCUGGUACCCAUACACACAUAAAACGCCGGUCUUGAGUGGCGGCGGGAGGCGCCCGAUUGAUCUCAAUUAAAACCGCGUUCUCCUGUUUGUUUAUCGAUGAGAGUAUAUCGCACACUCUGUACACACCAUCAAUGGUUUCGGUUAUAAUUGGCUCAUUUCGCAUCGCUUCUGCAGUCGUUUUGGCGCUUCUCAAGCGGCGUCGCGAGUGUGUCGACUGCGGUACGGCAAGCCGGAACGGAAGGCACGCCGCUUAAGUGGUUCGAUAUUAAGUUGCUUUUUUUUCCUUUCUUUCUUUCUUUUCCAUCAUCUCUCAACCCUUUUUUCAGAGGCCUCGAUCGCCGGCCGGAGGCAUUCAUCAUUCGCUUCUGUAAGAGAAACGCUCGGACCGAUGCCGCGAACAGCACCUACUCUCGUUAGAACCGAGUUGAUAUUUGGAAAGUGACCGUGCGGCGGAGAUCAGGGGCACCGUGCGUUCAUUUUUCACCAUCGGAAAUCGAUUCCUUAGCCGUAUGGUAGCCGAGCGACGUCGCGCGAUAAAACCUUUUCGAAUUUUGACACGGAAUUAUAAGCUUGUAAAUUGCGAGAAACUCGACGGUCGGAUACCGUAACGUUUACACCUAUGUACACCCCUGCACCUCGCGGCGAAAUCGAACGCUCGUUUUUUCCCGUAACUAGGUGGUAUACCGCCUCGGUUCGAUCGUGCUCAAGUUAUAGGUACACGGUAUAAUACACGCGGCGAUCUGUUACACGAUGCACUAGACUGCAGCCUGGUAGUCGCGAAGGUGAAGAUGGUAGCUGCGUGGAGGUCAUCCCGAGCGAGGGAAAUAUUCAGACCACACCUUCGUCGGCAUCGACGUGCUCCACGCUGCAGAAUUCCCGCUACGUGAUUCUAUGUACCAGUUAUUACGAGCCGGAGUCUGGAUCACGAGACUCACGAACAAGCGCGUGUAUCGAAUCCCCCCGUUGUGAUAGGAACGAGAGAAUUUCUCGACCUGUAAACACGUGAGGAGGAAGAUGUCACUCCGAUCGGAGAACCGAAACGCGUUUGAAAACGAGGCUAAUUCGACCUAUCGCGGGAUGCCGAUGAAUUCUCAUCGCGUUCCACAUCCCACUGAUUCAUAAUUCUAUUUGUAUAAUAAUAUCCCGUUGAUUGCAAGCGUGAAGCAGAUCUCACUUAGGAUAUACAUGAAAUACGUGUACGAAACAGCUUCCAAACUUCUACGGAAGGAAUUCACAUCUGACUGACUCGUGAUGGAUGGAUAGGAGCUGGGAUGGUCCAAGAUGGAUGAUCCGUGGGCGAAUGGAAUGAAUGAAGUGAUUUCGCAAUCUUACAAUAAUAAUAAACUUGUAUAAUUUGAUUUAAUUCCGACUCGGUAGAACGCGGUAGGCUUCCUUCAAUUAGACACAAGUAUACACACGUACCGACGUAUUCGACGUACGUGCAUGCCUAUGAUAUACCUAGGUUAGUGGGAUGACUAUUACAGUUGCCCAACCAAACCGUGCAAAUCUUCGUUACCUUUAAUCGUAAUUUUCUAAGCAAACCUGCGUGCAUAAAGUAAUUAAUAUAUUAAUAUACCUAGUGAUAAUAUAAUAUAAACAUAAUGUAAGUAUGAUACGUAUAUAUAUGUGUGUGUGAGUGUGUGUGUGUGUGUGUAGCUGAAAGUUCAUACCAUCGUCGCUGCAGACGCGUUGUGUCCUGGCUCAAGUUAAGAUUUUACGAAUAAUAAGAAUGAUAUUUUUUUACAAUAUUGUAUGUAAAUAGUAACCGAUUGUUAGCGAGCUGGCUCGUAAUCACAGGGCAAACACAAGUUGUUAUUCUCUUCUUUUCUAUUCUCUUCCUUGGUUUAUACCUAUAAAUCGGUAAUACUAACGGGAUAAAUCCCAAUAGUUUCGAACUAACGUCGUGAUAUAACAAUUUGUGUUCGCCCUGGUGAAUUAGUGCAUCGAUAAUAUUUUUACUGUAGAGAAAAAACUAAAAAACGAUGUUUAGAUGUUUCAAACUAGCGCUAUAAGUUAAGUACGUAUUUUUAAUUCCUUGAUGUAAUUAGAACUGUAUUAUAUGUGUGUAACGUACCUACUACUGUACUGUAAGAGUUGUAUAAAUUAUAACGUGAUUGUGA